GUGACCCUCGUGACCGAAGACCGGAGCUCAUGGCGCUGUUUUUUGGUUGCAUUGGUGCAUGUGCAGUUUCGGUAGUUUCGAUGAAAGCGACUGCUACAUGAUCACUACACAGGCACAAAUGACGUCUGCCCCGUGCAUCCGGUGUUUUCAGCAGAGGCCACAACUGCAGAUACAGACGGAACGCGAUGCUGUCAUGGUUGUUCGAAGAUAAUCCUGUAACAUUUCGUGACAUUGAUCACAGCGUAAUCGGCAAGCCAGUACUAUACAUAUUGAAGGAAUGUGCUUCUUUCGUUGGUCGCCGAGACCACAGGAAAGAUAUGUCAGCAUUGAAAGAACACCUCGACAACGCUCGAGUAAUAUGUGAUGUUGCCUGGGAGCAUAUCAACACCGGACACUGGAAGUGUGUAAACAUAUGCUGGAGACGUCUGUACAGUUACGGAGCACUUUUUAAAUCGUACAUAGAGGUGCUAAUAGGGGAACACCUGACGGACGCUUUAAAAACUUGUGAUUUGGGCUUGAUAAUGGGUGCACCCAUUAUGGGAAACGUCUUGACAGAGGUGGCCAAGGAGAUUCACUCUCACUUGAAUUUGGAUAUUCAAUUGAUGAAAUUAAAAAGAAUGGUGACAAAACACGCACAUAUUGCUGCUGAAGCGACUUCGUUUCCAAUAGCAAGAGUGGAGUGUCCAUCGGUGGAAAAAUUCAUGAGUGAACACUUAAAUAGAGAAACACCUGCAGUUAUCACGAAAGCAAUUGAUUAUUGGCCUGCGAUGACUACCAGGCAAUGGAGUGUCGAAUACAUCUUGAGAUGUGCUGGUGGUCGCACAGUUCCAAUAGAAGUUGGGGCCAAAUACACCGACGAGACAUGGUCCCAGACAUUGAUGACCAUUGCAGAUUUUGUUGAGCAAUAUAUGCUGGGUGACAAGGUAUCUGAUGAAAUUGGCUAUCUGGCACAACACCAGUUGUUUGAUCAGAUUCCCGAGCUGAAGGAAGAUAUAUCUACCCCCAUUUACUGUUGCCUUUCCGAAAAAGAUGAGGAACCAGAUACAAAUGUGUGGUUUGGACCAAAAGGGACAACAUCCCCUCUUCAUCAUGAUCCUAAGCACAACCUUCUCACUCAGAUGUUUGGAGAAAAAUAUGUUCGUCUCUACAGCAAGGAACAGACAGAGUUCCUCUAUCCUCAUGAAGGUCAUUUGCUAGAAAAUACUUCACAGGUUGACAUUGAAAAUCCAGACUUGGACAAAUUUCCACACUUCAGCCAAGCUAAGUACACGGAGUGCGUAUUGGGCCCUGGAGAAAUGUUGUAUAUUCCUCCUAAAUGUUGGCAUUUUGUAAGAUCUUUGUCCCCAAGUAUGUCCCUUAGCUUUUGGUGGGAGUGACGACAUAUGUGGUGCUUCUGUGUAUAUGUUGAAUAUGCUUUAUCUCCUGUGGUCCAGUGUUGCAUGAGGACCCGAAUGAAGGCCUCUAGAGAGGCACCUCUGACGCUUCCACUCUCCUUUUCUGUCUCUUUCAUAAAUAAAACACGAGUAAGGAGUGUUAUUUGUUGUAAUAAGUUUUCAUUAAAAACCCAUCUCACCUA